AUGCAAGUUCCAGAAAUCAAUCGCCAGAGAUGUCUUGACUUACUUUCGAGGUUGGUUCAAAUCAAGAGUUACUCCCAGACAGAUGGGGAGCUCGAGGCGACCAGCUUUAUGGCAGAACGAAUGGAGGAAAUUGGCCUAGAAACCGAGUUAAUACCUUUCGACGAAGGGAAGCGACAGAAUGUUGUGGGAGUCUGGAAAGGAUCGCAGGUCAAGAACUUUCACAAAUCAGAACAACCAAAGUCUCUUCUAUUCAAUGGCCACUUGGACACCAAUCCUGUUAGCGAAGGAUGGACGAUAGAUCCUUGGGAAGGCAAAGUCGACAAUGAUUUUGUUUAUGGCAUCGGAGUAAGCAACAUGAAGUCAGGAUGUGCCGCCUAUUAUUGUGCUGUAGAGACGCUCAAAGCUAGUGGUUGGCGACCAAGAGCAGAUGUCACUCUCACCUACGUUGUUGGAGAACUGCAAGGGGGUGUUGGAACCAUGGCAUUGAUAGAGCAAGGCAAAAUCCAAGCCGAUUAUUUCAUCAACUGUGAGCCAUCGGAUAUUAAGGCUGUGACUAUGCAUGCAGAGUGUCUGGUCUUCGAGAUUCGACUUAUUGGUAUCACGAGACAUAUGUCAGCCCGCGAAGAAGCGACCGAUGCGAUUCUGGCUGCAUGUCAACUUAUUCCUUUACUCGACAGCAUGGUAUUUAGUGAUUCAAGAAGCGCGGAGCAUCUCAAAUGCAACCGCUGCCAGGUUGGAAUUGUGCAUGGAGCUUUGGGAAAAGAUUUUGUAGAGUGGCGUCCAGCUCAAGUUGCAGAUGUCUGUAAACUCUCUGGCAGCGCGAGAUACGCACCUGGUCAGACUCAGGAUGGAGUGAUGAAAGAUAUCAGCGCGUUGAUGAAGAACACGCUUGUUGGAUUUCCGGGCAUGAAAUAUGAGCUUGAACAAAGAUUUGAGCCGACCAUGCCAGCGUUCGAGGUAUCUCCAGACUCCAGAAUUGUUAAGUCAUUGAAUCAUGCGUAUCACAGUGUCCGGCAAGUAGAUCAACCUACAGGCGUUAUUGCACCAACUUGUUUCUACGGUUCGGAUGCGGGCCAUCUCUACAAGCGUCUCGGUAUGGAAGGUAUUGUUUGUGGUCCAGGUGGAAAAUAUAACACUCGACCUGAUGAGAAGUUUACGACACCUGAUAUGAUGAUUGCGGCAACACAAGAAGAAGCGGAACAGCUCAUGCUGAGUAGUCCUACUGUCUCUAAUCUACGACAUUGGUCGAAGGAGUACAGUUUACGACCUCAUCUCGCCGGAGAUUUGGCUCAUGCAGAAACCAUUCGGGAUUUGUGGCAAUCAUAUGGUGUUGACACAAAACUCGUUCAAUACGAUGUUCUUCAAAACUUUCCAAUACACGCGUCUUUGAAGCUGCAUACGCUUUCAGGAAAUGGGGAUAUUGCGUUUGAAGCAAGUCUGACAGAAGACAGUCACGAAGAAGACCCAACAUCAUCCCCGAGCAACGGGCUCCCAGCAUUUCACGGCUUCAGUGCCAACGGCAAUGUUUGCGCCUCUUUGAUCUUCGCCAAUUUCGGCACUCUUGCCGAUUUUCAACUCCUGGCUUCGAAAGGCGUCGACAUAGAAGGUAAAAUCGUGAUAUGUAAAUACGGGAAAGUAUUCCGCGGUCUAAAGGUGCGAGCAGCACAACAAUUUGGUGCCAUCGGAGUAAUCAUCUACAACGAUCCCCAGGAGGAUGGCGAAAUAACUAUUGCAAAUGGCUACAAACCUUAUCCCGAUGGACCAGCUCGACAUCCAACAAGCAUUCAGCGAGGAAGUGUUGACUUCUUCUCCGUUGCUGUUGGGGAUCCGACAACUCCGGGAUAUGCGAGUUUGCCGGGUGAAAACGUAGAGCGCCAAAAUCCAGAACAUGCCAUUCCAAAGAUACCUUCUUUGCCAAUCUCUUAUGCUGAUGCAACGCCGUUCUUGGAAGCACUGAAUGGAUGUGGACUUUUACCGGAGGACGUUGGUGGUGAGAAUGGAGAAUGGAAAGGCUGCCUGGAGGGUAUUGAAUAUCGAACUGGACCGUCUGUUGCCAAAGUUAGCCUGGUCAACCAAGGGGAUUAUCGUAUAUCUCCAAUUUACAAUGUCAUUGGGACAAUUGAGGGGGAGACAGACGAGAUGGUGAUGUUGGGAAAUCACCACGACUCUUGGUGUUGUGGAGCUAUCGAUCCAAUUAGUGGUAGUGCGGCAAUGAAUGAAGUUGUAAGAGGUCUUGGAACACUUAUUGCAUCUGGUUGGAAACCAUUUCGAAAGAUUGUUCUCGCAUCCUGGGACAACGAAGAGUAUGGACUUGUAGGUUCAACCGAAUAUGGCGAAGAUCAUGCUUUGGAGAUUAGCAAGACCUGCGUGGCAUAUCUUAACGUCGACGAAUCUACCAACGGCGGAGCAAUCCUCGGAGCAACUGGAAGCCCAUUGCUCGCUCAUUCGCUUAUAGAAGUAAUGCAACAAAUUCCAUCGCCCUUGGAAGAAGGCAAGACUGUGUAUUCUGACUGGCUGAGUCAUGGUACUAAAGAUUAUGGCGAGCAAGAUGAUGCAAUUGGGGUGAUUGGAACUGGCAGCGAUUACACUGUGUUCUUCCACCACCUCGGGAUUCCAUCUAUUGAUCUACUGUUCAAUCGAAAGGGGAGUGGAGUCUAUCCUUAUCAUUCGAAUUACGACAGCUUUCUUUGGGUUGAGAGGUUUGGAGAUCCAGGAUUCAAAAAACAUCUAGCAAUAGCCCGCCUCUGGGGUCUCAUGGCCGUGCGAUUGGCCGGAAUUCCUCUUCUGAACUUUCGCGCUCACUCCUACGCCCUGUCCCUCCAAUCUCACCUUCUCGGGCUUCAAAAACUCUCAACUCCGGGCUUCAAUACUACAAGACUGUCAAGCGCACUCUCUAAUUUCUCAUCCGCAACGAAAAGUCUUGACACUCUCGCCGAAAAUCACGCGAACUCACGGUCUCCUAGCGCAAGCACUAUCGCAAAAAUCAACAAACGUUACCGUGAACUUGAAAAAGCAUUCCUCCUGGAAAAAGGACAAGGCCUCCCUGGCCGACCGUGGUAUAGACAUCUGGCAAGUACUCUGAACCCUUCGGCAUCCCGCACUAAGAAGGAAAGUCGAUCUAACGCACAUGUAGAUUUUUGCGCCAGGGCUGUGGGCGGGAUAUGA